AUGCCGGAAAUGAAGCAUCUCUUGCGGAAACUCCACAUCGGCGGUGGUUUAAAUGAGCACCAACGAUUGGCGGAGGUGCAGCCGGUGAUCAGCUCCAGUCCGAGUCUGAGUCCGAGUCCGAACGUGACGGGACAAGGAACGACGACGUCUUCUUCUUCUUCGGCAUCUUUGGUUGGUUCAGAUACAAUGGGGAGAAUCGGGGCCAUUGAAUUGGUCGGGGGAGAUCGAAAGGCUGGGGAUGAGGUGGAUUUUAAUUUACUGGAAGAAGAGUUUCAGAUGCAAUUGGCUUUGGCGAUCAUUGGAUUAGCUGUACAGGCUGAAAGGUUCCUGUUCCUGUUCAUGUCUUCAAACUACAAUGUCGUAAACUAUAAUGAAAAAAUUGUGGAUGGAUUUUAUGAUGUGUAUGACAUUGCACCAACGCUUGGUCUGGAAGGAAAGAUGCCAUCUUUGGCUGAUCUUCAAGCAGUAUCAGUUUCAGAAAAGGUUGAUUAUGAAGUAAUAUUGGUUAACCGGUUGCUUGAUCCUGAAUUGCAAGAGCUCGAGAAAAGAGUGUAUAACAUAUAUGUGCAGUCCCGAGCUUUAGGCCAUGGCCUGGUUUUGAGUGACUUGAUUCAGAAGAUUUCUGAAAUAGUUGUUUACAGAAUGGGUGGUCCAGUAGCUGAUUCUGAAGAAAUGCUGAGAAUGUGGACCUUGAGAAGUUCUGAGUUACGGAAUUCUCUUAACAGUAUCAUUCUUCCAUUGGGAAGACUUGAUGUUGGACUUUCGCUCCACAGAGCCCUGCUGUUUAAGGUUCUAGCUGAUAGAAUUAAUCUUCCAUGCAUGCUCGUCAAAGGGAGCUAUUACACCGGUACAGAUGAUGAAGCUGUGAACUUGGUUAGAAUCAACAAUGGAAGUGAAUAUAUUAUUGAUCUGAUGGGUGCUCCCGGAACACUUAUUCCUGCUGAAGUACCUAGCUGCCGGCUCCUAAAGUCUGCACUGGAUGUAAGGGGCUUUAAUGAAGCUUCUCAAGGGCAGCAAAUGAAGAUCUGUCAGACAAAUGAAGAUGGGAGGGACUUUGCCAGAAGAGAUGUUGCCGAGAGAUCUGAGCAGGAGUUUGGGAAGCUUCUUCCCUCAGCACCUAACUAUAGUGAUGCCUUUUCUGACAUUCAUGAAAAACCUUCAUCAGCGCAAAAGAGAAAGGUUAAAAAUGUUUCAAAGUAUGUUAUUAGCGCAGCAAAGGACCCGGAGUUUGCUCAGAAAUUGCAUGCAGUUUUAUUGGAGAGUGGUGCAUCACUUCCUCCAGAUUUGUUCAUGGAUAUUAGUUCUCAGGAUCUUAGUGAACAAAGUAUGCCCAAACAAGUAGUGAAAGGGACAAAUGUAGAUGCUGCUAGCUGUAAUUCAAAUUUGUUAAGCAAUGAACAUUGUCUUGUAUCCACUGUAAUGGAGGCUUCAGAAAAUAUUAAUUCCAAUACGAGGCUAAAGCAAAUGACUAAGCACCGAAAGGAGUUAGAAACUAAUGUGAUAAAUGCUAAAGUUACAUCUGAUGCUUCAAAUGAGGGAUUUCUUCUUGGUAAUUCAGCUGAUGAUUGGAUACAAGUUCGUAAGUCUUCCUUCUCUGCUAAUGGUUUUUGCCAAAUACAGCCAGAAAAUGUCUUGGCCAUUGAUGAGAAAUUAAUACAGAGGACUUCUGGUACUGGUUUCAAUAAAGAAUCUGCAUUGGAAUUGAUUGAAACCACAGAUAGUGAUUUGCUUCCGGCUAGCAAUGGUCGCAGUGAGAAGAUUUCCCCUAUGCUAAGAGAAGCUUCAGAAUGGGAAAUUCCAUGGGAGAAUCUUCAAUUUGGUGAACGCAUUGGUAUUGGUAAGCUUGUAAUCCAAUUAAACAAAUUCUGGCGGGAUGUCCUGGUUUCUCUGUUUAUAGUGGAUGGACAGUAUGAAAAGCUGAAUGUAAUCAGCAAAAGAUCUAUUAACUGUUUGACAGUGCAUCCUACUCUCGAAUCUCAGCUUAACCUAUCAUUUAUCAGUAUAUAUUGUAUCUCUGCCUACACUGGCAUUCAGUUUAGCAUACUUCUAGAGGCCAAUCCAGUAUGGUUCAUAUUCUAUCUGAACAGGAUGGUGCAAGUAUUCUGGAUUGGGUAG